GGACAUUUCCUAACUGUUGGGUUUGUCCAGGUGGUCAUAUUGAAUUGGGUGAAAGUUUUUUAGAAGCUGGUACACGUGAACUCAAAGAAGAAACUGGUAUUGUUUUAGACAAAAAUGAGUUGGAAACAUAUGAAAUAUUGACACUCUGGGAAGUAUGUGAUCUAAACAAAAGAAUUUGUUAUAAAAAAAUAUGUCUAGUAUGAUAUUCUUCUAUUCAAGUCAGCCUAUCCAGUU